AUGCAUAAAGUUUGGGAGAAAACUCUGAUCGUCAAGCUGUUAGGAAGAACAACUGGUGUUGCAUUCAUGAAAAAGAAACUUGAAACUUUAUGGGCCAUAAAGGGUAAAAUCAACAUUACUGAUAUUGGAAAUGAUUACUACGUAGUUCAGUUCAGUGAAGGAGAUGAUCUGAAUUUUGCUCUAAACGGGGGACCUUGGGUUGUGUUAGGUAAUUAUUUGGCUUUACGUAAGUGGCAACCAGCGUUUAGACCACAUGCUGAAGGGAAGUUAAUCAAGAUUGAUAGAACUACUAAUGCUCAUGCAAGGGGACGUUUCGCCAGGAUAUGUGUUGAACUGGACCUUGCUAAACCUUUGAAGGGAGAAUAUGUCUUAGAAGGGAUGACUAAACAGAUUGAAUAUGAAGGUCUUGGACUCAUUUGCUUCAAGUGUGGGAGGUAUGGGCAUUCCAAAGAAUGUUGUGCAGAGCCCCAAAUGAAUACUGCUGCAAUGGAUGGAGAUCAUGCACGUGAGAAAGAAAAUGAGGAUGAAGCUUGUCCAAUUCAGAAUGGGUUAGGGCCUUGGAUGGUGGUUAACCGCCAACGCCGUUUCAAAGGUCAGGGAACAACAAUGGAGAAUCAAUCAGUGUUAACAACAAAGCGUAAUCUGAGGCGUAAUCAGGGGGAGCAAAUUGUGCAAUCCAAACGGACAGAAACGGAUAUGGCGGCAUUAAAUUCCAAAUUUGAAGUUUUAAUAGAUGAUGAGGAGAAUCAGCAUUAUGAGCUGGAAAAGAAUGCUGUGGGACCUGAGGCUAAUCAGCAUUUAAGGAAUGUUAAUUCCAAAGGAGUAAAUCACGGUGCCAAAUUGAAACAGAAAAGUAUCUCUCUUGAAGAGCAUGCAGAUCGUUACACGCUGAUAGGAGUUGACUCAGAAUAUGCUCCAGUUAAUACAAAGAAGGAUGAGCUAGCUAAUUUUAAAAUGGAUAUGGUGGAAGGGGAAACAAGAAUGGAAGUGGAUCGAACAGUUUUUGUUCAAAGGGAUGAUGAAAAUGGAGUAAAUAAUCCUAAAGCACCAGACCCGAAUUUAGGAAUGUUAAGUGAAUAUGUGUUGAAAGAAACACAGAUGGAAGAAGAUAAUGCCUUAGAAGAUGUUGAAAUGGUGCAAGAAACUUUGUGGUCAGUAGGGAACCAGAAACCUACAACUCAGCCUUGA